GGGAUAAGAUUGCGGCCUGGUGGGGACCAUUUCUAUAUAAUCGACGGUGAAGGUGCCUGUCUCUUCAUAUCCUAUCAGUGACCACGUUUCUUUAACCGCUGUCUUCCAAGUCUAUCCGUAUUUUUCCAAGAGACAAGUGAUACAAGAUGAUGCUGGUGCCGCUGGCCGUAGUGCUCCUCGCGGCGUUCGCCAACGCCGAGCCAGCGAUCAAUGAAGCCCGACCGCACAGUAACCGACCUGGAAGAUUCUUGUCUCUUCCGAUACCGCAAAAGUGCGCAAAUCGGCCGAAGCAGUUUAACUUCCGAGGGCACAACUAUUUCUACAGCGGGCAUGUGCCGGCUCACGCCAAUCAAAAGGUGGACUGGUUAGACGCUAGAAACAUUUGCAGGGAGUACUGCAUGGAUCUCAUUUCGAUGGAAACCCAAGAAGAGAAUAAUAUGAUCUUUAGGCUCAUCCAGCAGAACGACGUUCCUUACAUUUGGACGUCUGGACGUCUUUGCGACUUCAAGGGCUGCGAAAAUCGACCUGACUUAGAGCCCAAGGCCCUGUACGGCUGGUUCUGGUCGGCGAACCGUGAGAAGAUGACACCCACCAACCAGGCGCCGAAUGGUUGGAGCUUUAACCCAUGGUCACAGACCGGCCACAAGAAGGUCAGGCAGCCAGACAACGCCGAGUAUGAUAUCAACGGCACCAACGAAUCCUGCAUGUCCGUCCUGAACAACGUUUACAACGACGGCAUCGCCUGGCAUGACGUCGCGUGUUACCAUGAGAAACCAUUCGUCUGCGAGGACUCUGAGGAGUUGCUCAACUACGUGGCCAGCACCAACCGCGGUAUUCGCCUCUAAAGCGAUCGCGGUCAGCCGACACCUACGUGGUGAUCACGCGAUCGUCCAUCAGCAUCAUAUCAGCACACACUUUCCUUCUAUACUUCCCGUCGCGUAGCCGACGAGACACGUGCCAAAUAGGAACGCGGGAUUUCUACGUGGCGAUUUUUGGUUCUCGGAUGAUCUCAGAGAAUCUAUUACAAUCGUGUUGUCAGAAUAAAAGAGAAACUUCGUGAUGUUUCCCUAAUUAAAAUUACAAUGUACAAACGAUAUUCUUUUAUAAAUAUAAUUUUUAUAAAUAUACUUCGGUUUUUAAUCAAGUAUCAUCCGAAAUAAAAAUUAGAAUUGUAAUUUUGUAAUCUAUUCUUCUGUUUUUUAUCGUUUUCUUUUUAUUAAUUUAUAUAUUUCAUUGCCGAUCUUUUGUAUUUCUAUGAUUACGUAUGGUGUGUUUUCAGUCUAUUUUUUUAUUAUACAAGUGACUUUCUUAUUUUACGGAAAAUUUUUAAUUAAUAUGAUCAUUGGAGAAUUAUUUAUAGCAAUUUAUAAAGAAUAAAAGCGAUUUGUGGAAUAUCAUGCGCGGAUAUAUGAGAUAUCAAUAAUUUGUUUAAAUUUGUGUUUUAUUCUAAUAAUUAUAACAAACGUGGAAUUUUGGAAAUGACAUGUUAAGAGUUUUUCGAAUAAAAGUGAAAGUGUAGAAUGAUUGCGAGUAAUUCAUGUCAAGUACUUAUCGUAUAGUUAUUGAUUCAAUUUAUACUUAUUCGGUGCUACAAAUUUAACAUGCUACAUUUGUACGAAAAUAAAAUUAUCUAUUUACUGGAAUUGUACUUAUAAAAGUUUCUAGUGUAUGAAAAAAUGUAUUGUUGGGAUUAUAUUAAUUGAACAAACGUGUCUCGUCGUUGCGCUCUUUCUGCACUCAUCGUAUCGAAGAAACUCCACAAUAAUUUUAUAUUUUGUUUAAUUUGUAAUCACGGUAUCCGCUGAAGAGAGUAAUUAAUUGUGUACAUGUAUUUAUUGAUAUAAAUUUGGCUGGCAGUCUCUGUAUGUACAUUUAUGAAUAAACGUUAAUCUUACAUAAAU